CCUCAUCAUCAUCAUCAUCAUCUCACUGGGCGCAUCUGCAGUCUGCAGGAGCAGAGCGAUAUGAGUUUACACGGAUACAUUCAAACUUAGCUUUUCUUCCCCGCUCACUGAAUAUCCUUCAAAUAGACAUGAGGGAUAUUUGAGCUAAAGACGAGUGGCAACCCCGGCUCAUUUGAAAUAGUCGCUUUGUCACAUUAAAUCUUCUUCCAUUAAGUUCAUAAUGGGAUUACGCAUAUUUGGCACGCCACUUUACGCAUAUGCGUGCGUCUACUUUUUUGUUUUCAUCCUGCAAGCUGCCCAGUCUCAGAGGGAUCCGGGGACACAACAAGGAGACAACCAAAGAGCGGCUCUCCGACAGACGCUACAGUGGUCGCACAACGGCAAGAUUUUUAGCAUUUUAAGCCAGGGCUCGGAGUAUCAGCCGCCCAGACGCAGAGGCGCACCUCAGGAACAAGUGCAGGCGCGACCUGUCACCAUCAUUCGUGAUGCGGACACCUCGAGCCUGCCGGCGGGGCAGCAGCAGCCUCCCCGGCCGGCGUCCGAUCCGCAGAGCCCCGGUGGCCUCCCUCCUCCACUCCAAAGGCUCGUGAGAGGGCACGAGCACCGCCAGCAUCACCAUGACCGACCCGGUGAGCGCAUGGGAGCACGGAGGAGCCUCAGAGCCAAUGAGACCCAGGAGAAAGUCACCGUCAGUCCGCCUCUGCCCAGGAGAGAAGACAUGAUGGUCGGCGAUGACCCGUACGACCCCUACAAGUCCAUUGACGGUGAUAAUCCGUACUACAAUUAUUAUGACGUUUACGAGAGACCGAGGCCGAGAGCGAGACCCGGAUAUGGAACAAGGAACCAUCAGUACGGUCUGCCUGAUCUCGUGCCUGACCCAUACUACAUUCAAGCCUCUGCUUAUGCCCAGAGAGUCCCCAUGUACAACCUGAGAUGUGCAGCCGAGGAAAACUGUUUGUCAAGCUCAGCCUAUAGAUCCAGUAUUAGAGACUACGACACCCGUAUGCUGCUGAGGUUUCCCCAGAGAGUCAAGAACCAGGGGACAGCAGACUUCCUCCCCAACAGGCCACGUUACUCUUGGGAGUGGCACAGCUGUCACCAGCACUUCCACAGCAUGGAUGAGUUCAGCCACUACGAGCUGCUGGAGGCCAGCACCCACCAGUCGAUGGCUGAGGGCCACAAGGCCAGCUUCUGCCUGGAGGACACCUCCUGUGACUAUGGCUACUACAGGCGAUUCGCCUGCACCGCACACACUCAGGGCCUGAGCCCAGGAUGUUAUGAUACCUACAACGCAGACAUCGACUGCCAGUGGAUUGACAUCACAGAUGUGAAACCUGGAAACUAUAUCCUCAAGGUCAGUGUAAAUCCACACUAUCAGGUCCCAGAAAGUGACUACAGCAACAACAUUGUGCGCUGUGAUGUUCGCUACACUGGCAACUAUGCCUAUGUGUCAGGUUGUCACAUGUCAACGUAUUAAGAGAUGCAAGUCAUUCCCAGCAUGUUCUGUAAAUGACAAUGAAGAGGACUGCAUAUGAAAGCAUAUAAAGCAUCAUGAAAUGCAUUUUAAAUUGUUCGUAAUGUUGUUUCUAAUUUAAAAUAAUCCAGAUUUAAAGAAAAAGUAGUAAUCAUCUGACAUCAUAGUGCCAGAUAAUGUCUAACUCUUCUUUGCUUGUGUGAGAAAGCAGUUUGUUUUUUUAUCCUUACUGAUAAGUAUAUUCUUAUCUCUUCUUAUCUCAAGAUUUUUUUAUUUCCUGCUUUUAUUGCUUGUACUGUAUGCUUGUACUUCAUACCAACUGUAAGAUAGUUAAAGAAUAGAAUCCAUGAAACUUAGAAACUUAGAAAAAAUACAAACGUAAACCGGCUUGCCCUCCUUGUUAAUUCAAUAUCACUUAUAUCACAAUGUUAAAAUGAACCAGUUGUUUAAAGGAACAAUGUAUUUGUUAUAUUUAUAAGCAAUGGAAGAAGCUCUCUUUACUCUAAAGCUUUUGGUGAAAUUUAGUUGAAUAAA